AUGAGGGGUAUCCAACAUUUCCGGAGCUUGCAUCGGCCCUGGUCGAGAAGUGGGCGGCCCAUCACCAACAUCACCAGUAUCACCGGCAUCACUAGCAUCACUGGCCCUACCGCCAGUCCCGUCUCCUCCUCCAUCUCCGUCACACUUUGGAUCCCGCGUGGCGUGAUGACUUCACGGCGCGAAGACUCGAUUCCGCACGAGCUGCGUACGGCGGCCGAACCACGACAGAAUACACUUUACCCGGUUCGUCUGUCGCGUGUGGAACAGGCCAACUCGUCGGUCCGUUUGCUGCAAUUGACUCUCCCACGCCACGACGAGGCUGUUAAUGAAAACAAUCAAGAGCCCUUCUCUUUUCUUCCAGGUCAAUGGUUAGAUGUCCAUAUUCCAUCCAUCUCCACGGCUGGUGGCUUUACAAUCACCUCCACGCCCGCAGACGCCCAGGUACUACCCUUGCCAGAAGACGGCGAGGACGCCGACCCAUCACCAUCAUCAUCAUCCUCAACCUUCAUUCCAGGUCGGGAGCCCUUUGUAGAACUGGCCGUGCAAGAGGCGCCAACCAAUCCCCCCGCCGCAUGGCUCUGGCGGCCCAAAGCCGAGAUCUUAGGCCAACCGUUGAACAUCCGCGUCGGUGGUAGUUUUGUCUGGCCACCGACAGGUGUGGAUUUGAAAGAAAUCCGAAACGUGGUGAUGAUCGCCGGAGGUGUUGGGAUCAAGUACGUUGAGACCCCCCCCCAUACACAUAACCUGCUCCUCUCUCCUUUGCCCCCCCUUUUCCCACCUAGUUUCCAUGUGCAUCUCACAAGGACCAUAUGGGGCGAAGAAAAGAGCCCACUCAUAUCCAUCCUCACACACCUGAACAACCAAGGGACCCAAGAACUCAUCGCCCCGCUUCACGUUCAUCUCUUAUACUCGAGUCGCGUCCCGCAGAAUCACGACCCAACGCCAUCGAUCGAGGACUCUCUCGAUCAAAUCCUGUUUCUGCCGCGUAUCCGUCAGAUCAUUCGCUCCCAGCAGCAAUCGCAUCGUCUGCGAGUCUCCCUCGAUCUGUUCCUCACGACUGCCUCAUCGUCAGGGCUGACGUGGGCGGAUUCUCCCGCGGAUUGCAUCGUGCAUUUCGGGAGAAUGCAACCGAAUGAUCUUCUCGCGGCCGUGCGAGGCGGAGAUGGUCAAUUGGAUCCGCGACACAGUGUAGCAUACGUUUGUGGACCCCCGCAGAUGACGGAUGAGAUGGUGGACACGUUGACGACGAUGCUGGGGGAGAAGGGAGAGCAGCGUGUCUUUUACGAGAAAUGGUGGUAG